AUGAAAGGCACCCUUUCUGCAGUGUGUGUUUUAUUAUAUAUUUUCCUUGGCUCAUUAUCUGUUGUCACAGUAUGUGGAAACCUUCUUGUAAUAAUCUCCAUCAUCUAUUUCAAACAGCUCCACACUCCUACUAACUACCUUAUUCUCUCUCUGGCUGUGGCUGACCUGCUUGUUGGUGUUGUUGUUUUUCCUGUCAGCAUGGAAUUCACUGUAACCUCAUGUUUUUAUUACAAAGAUAUAUUUUACAGAUAUUAUGCAGUGUGUCAGCCUCUGACCUACAGAACUAAGAUAAAUGUUAAUGUUGUCGUGGUCAUGAUCCUGCUCAGCUGGGGUGUUUCUCUUCUAGUUACCAUUGGCUUUAUGAUUCCAGAUUUAAAACAUGAAAAAUGUGAAGUGAAUUGUUUUAAUGAUGUCCUACUUGCAGACAUUUUUGGACCCAUCUUCUCAUUUUAUCUACCAGUGAUUGUAAUGCUCUGUAUCUACCUAAAGAUUUUCCUUGUGGCACAGGAACAGGUACGCAGCAUCCAGAACACAACCUGUCAGAGCAAAAAGUCUGGAGCAACUGUUAGUAAGAUGGAGAGAAAGGCCACUAAAACUCUUGUGACCAUUUUGGGAGUUUUCCUGAUGUGUUGGACUCCUUUCUUUCUCUGUUUUUCCUUUCGGCUUUUGAACAAUGUAUCAGUGCCACUUCCAUUGUUUGAAACACUUAACUGGAUUGCACUGUUAAACUCCAUGCUCAAUCCCUUUAUUUAUGCUUUCUUUUACAGCUGGUUCAGAUCAGCUUUCAGAAUGAUUGUUUCUGGGAAAAUAUUUCAAGGUGAUUUUUGUAACACAAAACUGCUUUGA